AUGAGUGAAAUAAGCAGCAAUUCAACAAAUCCAGUUAUGGCAUUGGGAAUUAGGUUUCACCCUACGGAUGAAGAGCUUAUUCGUUAUCUACUCAAAUUCGUUUCAUGCAAGAGUUACUCGUGUGAUAAUAUUCGACUUCAGGAUCUUUAUGGGAAUAAGAAGCCAUGGGAGAUAUUCGAAAGCAAUUCGCUAGGGGAUGAAUAUACUAAUAAAAACGUAAGAUGCUUCUUUACUAAGUUGAAGAAGAACAAAUCGGAUGGCACAAGGUUUAUCCGGACGGUGAUUGGAGGAGGAUCGUGGAAGGGGCUCGACGGCGAAAAAUCAGUUUAUGAUGGACCAAAGUUAGUUGGAUCGAAGAAAAAUUAUAGGUAUCAGUACAAAGGUUAUCAAGCUGAUGAUGUUGUUUGGACUAUGAGAGAAUAUAGUCUUGAUGAGAAGAUCCUAAAGGCGUUAAGGCGACGGCGUUUAAUUCACUACGAGGACGUUGUUUUGUGUUGUGUUAAGGAUAAGAUUAAUGUGCAUGCUCGUGAUCAUAAGGAAUUAGGUGAUUAUACACCAUCUGAACACAAUAAUGUGUUUCAUGAGUUGCAGCAAGAUCAAAAUAGUGCGCAGUUGGUCAAUCAGGUGCAGAAUAUUAAAGACAUGAUGGCACCUUUUGUUGCAAGUUAUAUCGAGCAAGGGACAGCGAAUUUCCAGGAUUCGUCUCCAGUUUAUCCAUUCACAUCAUCUUAUAAGCACAAUAAUGCCUUUCAAGAGUUGCAACAAGAUCAAAAUUGUGAACAAUUGAUCAAGCAGGUGCAGACCGUUGAUGAGAUGGUACCUUCAGCUUCCCACGAUUCCUAUCCGGUCUAUCCAUUCACAUCAUCUGAACAUUAUGCGUUUCAUGAGUUGCAACAAGAUCAAAAUAGUGAACAAGUGAACGUCAUCCACCAAGAGAACCAUAUUGAAGAGACGGUGCCUUUUGCUCAGUAUCAUAAUGACGAUGUUACAAGUUAUUCAGAAGAAGGGGCAACAAAUUUUCAAGAAUAUAAUGUUGAUUGUUAUAGAGGGGCUGAUUUUUCAUCAACACUAGCUGAUCUGCUGAACGAUAUUGUAACACAGCCCCAGUUGCCUAUCCGCAUUGAUGAAUGUGGAUAUGAUUAUCAACUUGCUCAGCAGAUGGGAAGUAGUUCUAUGGUACUUAAUGAAGGAAAUAUUGAUGCGGCCGCAUUUGUGUCUGAUCAGUGGUCAACAUGUUGUGAGGAGCAAGUGCAGAAUCUUGAAGAGGCAGUACGUAUUACUUUUACUGAGCCAACAGCCCCGUUAUUCAUAAAUAAUGACGAGUGCUUCCCAAUGGAGGGAUUAUUCGAUACUGAUGAUUUUAUUGCAGCAGACCUCAGUUGGGCAUCUGAUUUGUUUGAUUAG